CUCUUGUCCUCAUCCUCGAACUCCUCGUUCACAAUAUGUCCUCAAGCAGCCCACUCGUGAGCAGGCCUUCAAGACGUCGUAAUGCACCCCUAUCGUGUGCGGAGUGUCGACGGCUUAAGCUCAAAUGUUCGCGUCAGUUUCCGUGCUCUAGCUGUGUCAAAAAAGGAUGUGCUCAGAUCUGUCCCGAUGGAUCACUCACCACGGGCAAGGGUAACAGAUUUGUCUUGGCGAAUACAGUAGUUCUCCAUGAGAAGAUCAAUGCACUAGCAAAUCGUGUAAGACAGUUGGAAGACGCAUUGCAAGACGCAUACAGUCAUAUCUCGCUGGAACCUCAUCCCCUCUUGUCCGAGGAAUUGCUGCAGAUCAAGAGACCUCUUGAGCGGGAAACUCAAGAAGAAGCACAGCAAGAACCAGAAGCAGGUAUUACGGAAGCUAUCGAUGCCGUUGGAUCUCUGUACCUCGGAGACUCGGGUCAUACGAAAUUCUUUGGAACAACCGCCAAUGCUUGGUAUCUCCUUCAGAAUGAGGAAGGCGCGGAGGAUGAUGUAGAGUCUCCGCAAGGCCCAUUGCCAACAGAUAUUCCCUGGUUGAGCCAUGCAUUCCCUUUCUCCACGAGUGUCAUCGAGAGCAUUCCGGACAUACGAAACAGUCUCAUAUCGUUGCUUCCGGAACUCUCAGAAGUGCGUCGCUUAGCGGCAUUGUAUUUCAAGCAUGGCGCAUGGAUGUACACACCCAUACCCGAGAGCGAGUUCCUUGGGACAAUUCUGCCGCGAUUCUAUGAACUCUCGCCGGCAUACCUAGAUCAAGAUCCGCUCGACUCGCACCGGCUCGCAAUAUUGUAUCUAGUUCUUGCGAUGGGUACUUUGGUUGAUCUCGAAAUAGAGCCUCUCUCCCCCUCAGCCACCCGCUAUUAUCAGCUUGGACGCGCUGCUCUGUCGUUGGAUUCUGUCCUGGAACACCAGACUCUACCGGCUAUUCAGGCAUUGAUUCUUAUGUGCCAUUUUAUGUUCCUAUCGCACGUCGACGGUCCGCGCUGGGCGCUGAUGGGGCUUGCCGUCAAGCUGGCAUUGACUCUUGGACUUCAUCGCGAUGGAAAUAAGUGGAAUUUGAAUCCCGAAGAGGCUUUCAAGCGGCGAAAUUUAUUCUACGAGCUUUACACCUAUGACUCAUGGCAGAGCCUCACGUUCGGCAGGCCUCCAUCGCUGUCGAUGGCCUUUAUCGAUUGUCAAAUGCCGGAAAGUCCGGCGGCGAAGACAGAUUCUGGAGAGCCCGAGAUGAGCUUCGCGGCUUGGAAGCAUCUCUUUGCUUCGCGAUGCCAGAGCGUUGUUCACGAGCAGGUGUUCGGUGCCCGGAUCUCCAGCUAUCGCACUGUCAUAGAGCUCGACAAGAAGGUCCGGGAAUUCUAUCUUCCGCCAUCGUUGCGCGUACCGGGGUUCGGAGGAGCAAAAUUGGAGCAGACGUCGACGUCGUACGAGAAGAUCCUCCAAGGAUAUUGUGCCUUCUCAAUGAGAGAAAUCACCGUCUUCUACAUGCAUCGCGGCUUCUUCGCCACCGCUCUCCAAGACAAUCCAGAGGAUCCGCUAGGCAGCAAGUACGCGCCGUCUGUCUUGGCGGCACACAACAGCGCAUGCGCCUUCGUUAGCUUGGUCAAGAGUCUGCACUCGCAAUUCCCGGCGUUGGUGGAGCGGAUGUGGUUCUUCUUCACACAUGUAUUCUCGUGCUCGAUCGUGUUGGGUGCGAUACCGUCCAAGAGUCCUGGCAUGGCGCUGGCUCGUUCGGCGCUCGCGCAGCUCGACACCGCAUACAGCCUCUUCGACAGUGUGUCUCACAAUCCCCGUGCGGCCAAGGUGCUUCCUGUGUUGCGGAAGCUGAAGAGUAGAGCUGAGGCGUCCAUGGCUGAAUAUCAUUCUCGAAAUAUGGCACCGCGCAAUGGCCCUCAUGGAUUCACCAUCAAAGAAGACGAAGAACUCACGGCUCUUGGCGGCAAGACCAGAUUGGUCUCUCGCAAGUCGCCCUCAGCACCGUCCUCUCCGAGCGGGAGCAACUCGCAAGGUGGAUCCAGCCCCCGCGAUGCCUCCGACCAGUCCCCAGUGCAGAGCGUGGCUCCUCCCGUGCCCGAGCCCAUGCAGUCCAUCCAACACGGCAUCAUGGAUCCCCCUCAGCCAUGGCAAACGUACAACCAGUCACCCACCGCCGUCAACGGCUUCGGAUACAACGGCAGUCUAUACCAGCCAUAUGCGGAGCUGCACGGCAUGUGGCAGUCACCAUUUGACCAGAGCAUGAUACCCCAUAGUAAUGGGCACCACCCGAUGGUCCAGCAGCCUAUGGGGCUGGAUGUGUCGGCCAUUCAGAACGGAGCAUACAUGAAUAUGGACCCUACGGCUGCCUCGUACGGGUACAUGUCUGGCGGUGGCUCGCCGGACGGUCAAAUGCAGCAGCCUGACGCAUCAUGGCAGAAUUUGUGGGCGCAGUUCAAUCAGGCGUAGAGGAAUUCUUAGAAGUGGAGAUCAAUGGACUGUUGUAAUAUACACUGAAACGUCGGAUUGCUUUCUUGUUCACGCUUACAUAGCUCUCGAAUUGUCCGUCGCUGACAUUUGACGAAUGGAUGAAUGUGCUUCUUGCAUGUUAUAGCUGCGGUGCGAUGCGGUGAAUCAAGGUGAUAUGC